CCACCCCGCAAGGUACAAAGUCGGGGAAGGCUAUCGUGCCAGCAGGCACCUAGGUGCCCGGCGCGAGGCGCUCCAACUCGCGAGAAAAUACGACGGUGGUCGCCACCAUCGGUGCCGACGGCCACACCUACAACCCUAUCCUCAUCUACAAAGGUCAGCGUAUGCAACCCGCUUGUAUCCAGGACAAGAAUGGCGUCCCCGAUGCGAAGUACACCGUCACGGAGUCAUCCUUCAUCCAGAGUCACGUGUUCCUCGACUACCUUCGAGACCUCCGCGAACAGCUCGAUGCACGCGGCUUGCAGGGCAAAGUUGCCCUCGUGCACGACGGCCACGCCUCGCACACGACCUUCGACGCCAUCAGCUUGGCCAUCUCUCUGGACAUCGACCUUUUCCAGCUCCCGUCCCACACAUCGCACAUCACCCAGCCCUUGGACGUUGGUACGUUCGGAACCUUCAAGAAGGAGCUCACCGGGGUGCUCACGGCCUACCCACUGAAAAUCGGGGGAAGGAGUCCGGUGAAGCGCGACAUGGCUGGCGUGAUUGCGGAGGCAUGGAGAGGGAGCUUCACCCCUGCGAAUAGCAUGGCGGCAUCAAAGGGGCGGGCUUGUGUUCGGUGAACAUAGAGAAGGCCAUCAACCGACUACACAGCAAGAGGAAGCAACGGGAGAAUGACCGCUCUAUCCCUGAAGACCUCGCCGUCGUUGCCUCCAAGAAGAAGCUCGAAGAAGAUCUCGGCCACGCUGCAUUCCUGGAGCUGAAACGACAGGGAGUGAUGAUCGAGGGGCUCCGCGUGAACACCGUGGUCCUCAGCGGGCUCACCCGCCUCACCACGCGCUCCAAGUCUUUCGCGACCGUUCGGGCGGGCGGGGGUAAGCCCGAGGGCGGUCUCCUGUCUGCCGAACAACACCUUGCUAAGGCCAGGAAGGACAACAAAGAGAAGGAGGCAGCUGCGAAAGUAAAGGCGGACAACGCCAAAGCCCGUACAGAGGCAAGGGCAGCGAGGGAGGCCAAUCUUGGGCAGGGCGGC